UCCCAACUGCUGGUCUCAAUGCUGCUACACCCGAGUCGCAGUUACACCUGGGCUCGCCCUUGUUCUCACCUGUGUCGCAGUUCCACUUGCAGAGUCAGUUCCGUGCUUGGCAUCGCUCCGUGAUUCUUAAGUUUGGAAGACUUCCUCAUCACACCCAAAUAGCAACACCAGCAACAAACAAAAUGUCUCAGACUACAAAGAAUUUCGAGGAAAAGUGUCGUCGUUUUUUUGAAGAGGCAAACGGAGGUAACCCUAUUACAGUCGGUCAGCUUGCCCGGGUCAUUCGACAGGCAUGUCCAACAUUUCAAGGCACUGACGCUGAUAUUGCUCAAACAUUUUUAGAAUUAGAUGACAACAAUGAUAAACUGGUCUCGUGGGAAGAAUUUUCAUCAGCCCUCUAUGCCAAGGAUCCCAGAGAAGUCACGAGAGCAGAACUUGAACUAGCAUUCAAAGACAUUGAUAAAGAUGGCAGUGGCAAACUUGAUAAGAAUGAGAUUCGUCUCUUGUGCCAACAACAAGGCUUGGACAUUUCAGAAGAACAACUUAAUGAGGUGGUGAAAGAAGCAGAUGACAAUAAUGAUGGGAAAAUAAGUUUUGAAGAGUUUGAAAAUGCAUUUGUGAAAGGUUAAAUUUUAAACCAAAAAAAAAAAUAAUAAUUUAUUUUUUUAAACUGUUAUUUCUGUCUUUAUGAUUCCAAAUAGAAUUUAUAACAUCUUGUUUUAGUUUUCUACUCAAAGUAGAGAUAUUAAAACAUUUAAAUUUUUUAAUAGACAUUGUAUAGUCUGUCUGAAUGGCCUAACCUGUAACUUGUAUACUAAUUGUAUUUAAGAUACAGAAAUUUACACAACAGACUACCAAAUUGUCUUAAUAUAUAAAUGUUCAUAAUUGAGUCUCAAACUAUAGAUGGAUUUCUUUUGUUGAUUCUAAUUCUUGAAUUCACUUUCUUGUUAUACUCAAGCACUGAUCAAUUUUUUAUUUAUCCAAGCAAUUUUUGUUUAUGUUCCUGAUAGCUCUGGCUAUUAAUCUGAACAAAUAAAAUAGCACUAUAAAGAGAAAGCUUUCAAAAUGUAUACAGAUUCAUCUGUCACUACAGUGGGCCAGCUUCAUAUUUUUUUUAAAGUACUCCCAGGUCAUUUUUCUGUACUGUAUUUAGGAUCAGAUCAGUAAGCGAUUGAUUUGAUUUGGAAGUAUGAACACAGUUGUUUGAAAAUUAACAUUUAAUUUCUUUUUCAUUUUGCUUAUUAUGCAUUUCAUUUUGAAAUGGUUAUCAAUGAUUUUAAAUCAUCCUUUUUUAAUCAAAGAUUAUCUUACACUCUGUAUUGAUUUAUGUUUAAUCCUGAAAUAAAACUGAGUUUGUCUAUCAUAA